GAUCUCUCUUUGGCUUUGCCUGUCUUCUCUAGCUCCUGAACUCUCUUCUCCCUCCUCCUCCUCUCAUGGGCUCUGAGUCCAUUCCUAGCAUACUAACAGGCCCAGAACUCCUGGUCUGCAGCCAUCCUGGGCUCACUGAGCAAAGCCAAGUUGCCUGACUCUGCCUCCUGGUGGCCCGAUGACCAAGCUUCAUGGAGGUAUCUUCUAGGCCCCCCUCCAACUUUGAUCCAGGCAACUAUGUUGAAGUGAGUGAUCCAACCACCCACUUACCCUCAAAAGUGGUGAUACAAGAUAUUACCACGGAGCUACACUGCCCGCUGUGUAACGAUUGGUUCCGUGACCCGCUGAUGCUGGCCUGUGGCCACAACUUCUGCCAAACCUGUAUUCAAAACUACUGGAAAAUGCAAGCAAAGGAAACGUUCUGUCCUGAGUGUAAGAUGCUAUGCCAGUAUAGCAACUGUACAUUCAACCUUGUACUGGAGAAGCUGGUAGAGAAGAUUAAGAAGUUACCUCUGCUCAAGGGCCAUCCGCAGUGCCCAGAGCAUGGAGAGAACCUGAAACUGUUCAGUAAGCCAGAAGGGAAAAUGAUCUGCUUUCAAUGCAAGGAUGCACGGUUGUCUAUGGGGCAGUCUAAGGACUUCCUGCAAAUCUCUGAAGCUGUUCGUUUCUUUACGGAGGAGCUUGCUAUCUAUCAGAGCCAACUACAGACAACCCUGAAGGAGCUUCAGUCUCUCAGAACAAUGCAGAAAGAUGCUAUUUCUGCUUACAAGGACAACAAGAUACAACUGCAACAAAACCUUUCCUUGGAGUUUCUAAAGCUGCAUCAGUUUCUGCACAACAAAGAAAAGGACAUUCUAAAUGACCUCCGGGAUGAGGGCAAAGUCUUGAAUGAGGAGAUGGAGGUGAAUCUGAACCAAAUCCAGGAGCAGUGUCUCCUUGCCAAAGACAUGCUGGCGAACAUUCAGGCACGGAUGGAACAGCAGAACUCCUUCGACUUCCUCACAGACAUCACAAAGCUCAUUGAGAGCAUGGAGAAAGGAAUGAAGAUACUUGUACCCAGACAGCUUAUCUCCAAAAAGCUGAGCCCUGGCCGCUUCAAAGGUCCUAUCCAGUAUAUCAUCUGGAGGGAAAUGCAGUCUAUUCUCUCUCCAGGCCCAUCUCAAUUAACUCUGGAUCCUAAAACAGCUCACCCCAAUCUGGUGCUAUCCAAAAGCCGGACCAGUGUGUGUCACGGAGAUGUUAAGCAGGUAAUGCCUGAUGAUCCAGAGAGGUUUGAUUCAAGUGUGGCUGUACUGGGCUCAAAAGGCUUCACCUCUGGAAAGUGGUACUGGGAAAUAGAAGUAGGAAAGAAGACAAAAUGGACAAUUGGAGUCGUCAGAGAGUCCAUCAUUCGAAAGGGCAGCUGCCCUCUGACUCCAGAGCAAGGAUUCUGGCUUCUAAGACUAAGAAACCAAACGGAUCUAAAGGCCCUGGAUUUGCCCUCAUGUAGUCUGAACCUAGGUGAUCUCAAGAGGGUGGGCGUGUACCUGGAUUAUGAGGGAGGGCAAGUGUCCUUCUAUAAUGCUACAACCAUGGCCCAUCUUUACACCUUUAGUAGUAUUUUCCUAGAGAAACUUUUUCCCUACUUGUGCCCCUGCCUUAAUGAUGGUGGGGAGAAUAAAGAACCGUUGCACAUCGUUCAUCCACAGUGAUUAAAUUAUACUAUUGUAUAAAUUCAGGUUGUUAUUAAAGUAUUGAAAUAGUUUACCAAUUUCA